UGUACUUUUUGAACGCGGCCGAGCCAGACGGACGGGACGCGACGGCCCGAGGUACCGGCCAGUGUUUAGUUCGGUGCGGUAGGCGUUGGUGGUUGGUGGCGGGUCUCUCUGACCGCGGCAGGAGCGUGCGAGUGCGUGCUUACGCGCGGACGGGGCGCGUGCGGUGGACAGCACCUUCGCGGCCAAGGGCUUCCUUUUUCGCCAGCCGCCAGCUCGGCCGGCCCGCUUGGAUAACUCCGCGAAGGACUCGAGGACUACCCUAGCCGCCGAAAAUGCCGUUCCUCGACAACUGCUGUCGGUGCUGCACGCUGAGGACGGGCACCAUCGUCACCGGUUCCCUCGGCAUUGCCUUGGGACUGAUGGGCCUCAUCACCAUCCUGUCCGUAGAGAAGCUGCAGGUGAAGACCAUCGUCAUCGACACACUGCCAGAUUCAGUCGUUCGGAUUAUUCUGGCCAUUAAUCUGGUCAUGACUAUAUUUAUAUCAUCGCUCCUCAUUUUCGGAGCCGUUAAGAGAAACCGGUGGCUGAUGCUGCCCUUCGUCGUGCUGGCCCUGAUGCUGGCCAUCGGGCUGCUCAUCUCGGUGCUGUACACCGCCGUGGAGCACUACGUGAAGAAGGAGCCCGUCCUGGGCAGCAUCUGGCUCAUCUUCGGCCUCAUCACUGUCGUGGUGCACGUGUAUCUGUGGUGCGUCGUGUUCAGCUACUACCAGCUGGUGCGCGACGAGCGGGGCCGCGGGCCCUACGGCAAGACGCCGUACCCGCAGCCCCGGUAGGCGACGCGGCGACGCGGCAGGCAGACACGGGCACCCCGACGAGCCGAGCACGAGGAACCUGGCGGGGAACGCUUCUGGAGCGCACCACUUCGCUCUGCCUGCGAUGCCUGCUCUGCGUGCUCUGCCGUGCGGACGACCAGCGCUGUCGCGGGAUUGAAACCGCUCCUCGAGACGCUGCCGAUACUACGUAACACGUUGUCACUAACUUGAGAUGCGUUUCCUGCCGUUAUUUUGAUCUGAUAAUAUUUAUGAUGUUAAGGCGCCAGAAUCUCCGUUCGUUGAUUCGCACUGCUCCCUUGUACAGGCCAGGCGGAUUGUUUUAUUCCCACGAUUUGUGUGUCAGAUGUUGUGCGUGUUCGUCAGAGUAUGUUAAUUUAUGAAGUUAGCUUUUAGUCAUGCCGGGCCUCGCCUCGAAGGCGGCGCCAGCUGUGUCCGUCUCUCUCGCUCUUAAUGCCGUGACUGGGGGGUCUCAGAUGGGCUGCCUAGGCCUAGCCAUCGACCCGACCUGAGGAACUGCCGUAAUUCGAAUCGAUUGUACAUCAGGGAGACACUCUCCGCUCUCCUCUUUUUCUCACAGAAAAUUGGAGACAAGCUACAGCCAAAUUCGCGAUUAUAGGCUUUGUGGCUUGUGUGCUCCUGUAGAGUUUCAGUCACUUUACUUGCCAUGCCCUAUGCGUAGCCGGAGUAGAUUAAAUUAAUUGUUUGUCUCGUGGAUGUUGGUCUCGUUUGUGUGAUGCAUAAUAACUUAUUUUUAAUUCGUGACAACGAAGUACUUUUUCGAGAUUUUUGAAAUAUUUAUUGUAUGCUGUUGUAAAUGUGUGUUUGUGCGUAUUUUCUUUUACUCGUGUGAAUGUGUGUGCCCUACGUUGGUAUCUCUGGAUGUGUGAAGCUGGCGGUUAGGUCAAACAAAAUACUGCGACAGGUUCAGCGGGCAUAUCUUUUAAUUUAUUUUUCCGAUUGUUUGCCUACCGUCGACCUACGACCCAAAACCUACUUUUCCUACAUGUACAAAUAACAAAUUAAUAAAAUGAUGGACUGAUGAA